GAAGGCAGGAUGCCUGCGGACCGCGGCAGCCCGGGGGGAUCACGGCUCUAUUUCCCAUGAGCCCUGAUGCAGCAAUACAGAUGUGCUGCAAUGGUGACAUGAACUCAUGACUGAGACUGGGAGAGUCACCGAGGCAGCCAUCUUCGCUGUGACUUCUUGGGGUGCACCUGGUGGAAUAAUCAAGGAAGGGAUACCCAGCAUGAGCUCUGUCAUGAAGCUUCACCGGCACUUUCAAAGGACAGUCCUCCUGCUUUCCACCUUUUGCAUGGUGAGCAUUAUUAUUUCUGCUUACUACCUGUACAGUGGCUACAAACAGGACAGUGAGCUCUCUGAGAUGGCCUCAGAAGCAGGCUGUGGGGAUCUCCAACACCUUCCAGACAGGCUGAUGAGUGUGAAGACCUUGAAGCUUCUAAAUGCCUCAAAGACAGAGCCCGUGGUCCUGGUAUUUGUGGAAAGCCAGUACUCAUCUCUCGGUCAAGACAUCAUCAUGAUUCUAGAGUCCACCAGAUUCCAAUAUCACAUUGAAAUUGCUCCUGGAAAGGGAGAUCUCCCUGCACUGACAGACAAAGCAAAAGGCAAAUAUAUCCUCAUCAUCUACGAGAAUAUUUUAAAGUACAUACAUAUGGACUCUUGGAACCGAAGCCUUUUAGAUAAAUACUGUUUGGAAUAUGGUGUGGGUGUCAUCGGAUUCCAAAAGUCCAGUGAAAAGGGACCACAAAUCUUUCAGUGGAAAGGCUUCCCUCUCUCCAUCUAUGGAAACCUUGCUGUAAAAGAUUGUUGUAUUAAUCCUCGUUCUCCAUUGCUUCGUGUGACCAAACAUUCAAAGCUGGACAAAGGUUCUCUACCUGCAACCGACUGGACAGUUUUUCAGAUUAAUCACUCAGCCUACCAACCAGUAAUAUUUGCCAAAGUAAAGACCCCGGAAAACCUUUCCCCUCCCAUUUCUAAAAGUGCUUUCUACGCCACCGUCAUCCAGGACCUGGGCCUCCGUGACGGCAUCCAGCGAGUUCUCUUUGGCAACAACUUGAACUUUUGGCUGCACAAGUUGAUCUUCAUCGACGCCAUCUCCUUCCUGUCAGGCAAGAGGCUGGCCUUGUCCUUGGACAGGUACAUCCUGGUGGACAUCGAUGACAUAUUUGUGGGGAGGGAGGGGACCCGGAUGAACGCCAACGAUGUGAAGGCUCUGCUUGAUACUCAAAAUCUUUUGCGUACACAAAUCACAAAUUUCACAUUCAACCUGGGAUUUUCAGGGAAGUUUUACCAUACAGGAACACAGGAGGAAGAUGAGGGUGACGACUGUCUGCUGGGGUCGGUGGAUGAGUUCUGGUGGUUUCCGCACAUGUGGAGUCACAUGCAGCCCCACCUCUUCCACAACGAGUCCUCUCUGGUGGAGCAGAUGAUUCUCAACAAAAAGUUUGCCUUAGAGCACAGCAUUCCCAUCGACAUGGGCUACGCAGUGGCUCCCCACCACUCGGGUGUCUACCCUGUACACGUUCAGCUUUACGAGGCCUGGAAAAAGGUCUGGAACAUUAAAAUCACCAGCACAGAAGAAUAUCCACACCUGAAACCAGCCAGGUACCGGAGAGGCUUCAUCCACAAAAACAUCAUGGUUCUUCCAAGACAGACCUGUGGGCUUUUCACUCACACCAUUUUCUACAAAGAAUACCCAGGAGGUCCGAGGGAGCUGGACAAGAGCAUCCAAGGAGGUGAACUUUUCUUCACUGUGGUACUCAACCCAAUCAGUAUUUUCAUGACCCAUUUGUCCAACUAUGGGAAUGACCGGCUGGGGUUAUAUACCUUUGUUAAUCUGGCCAACUUCGUGCAGACUUGGACCAACCUGCGCCUUCAGACUCUGCCUCCAGUACAACUAGCUCGCAAGUAUUUUGAGCUCUUCCCUGAUCAGAAAGACCCUCUAUGGCAGAAUCCUUGUGAUGACAAACGCCACAGAGACAUUUGGUCUAAAGAGAAAACCUGUGAUCGCUUACCAAAAUUCUUGGUAAUAGGACCCCAGAAAACUGGUACCACUGCUUUGUAUUUGUUCCUGGUUAUGCAUCCUUCUAUCCUUAGUAACUCCCCCAGCCCAAAAACCUUUGAGGAGGUACAGUUCUUUAAUAGAAAUAACUACCACAGGGGGAUUGAUUGGUACAUGGAUUUCUUCCCAGUUCCAUCUAAUGUCACUACUGACUUUCUGUUUGAGAAGAGUGCCAAUUACUUCCACUCAGAGGAAGCUCCUAAAAGAGCUGCUUCCUUGGUUCCCAAAGCCAAGAUCAUCACCAUUCUCAUUGACCCAUCAGACAGAGCAUACUCCUGGUAUCAGCAUCAGCGAUCACACGAGGACCCUGCGGCUCUCAAGUUCAGCUUCUACGAAGUCAUCACAGCUGGGCCGCGGGCGCCGCUGGAACUCAGAACCCUGCAGAAGAGAUGCCUGGUCCCCGGGUGGUACGCCAGCCACAUCGAGAGAUGGCUUGUUUAUUUCCCCCCAUUUCAGUUGCUAAUUAUCGAUGGGCAGCAGCUAAGAACAGACCCCGCCACAGUGAUGGAUGAAGUACAGAAGUUUCUAGGCGUCUCUCCUCAUUAUAAUUACUCAGAAGCUUUAACAUUUGAUUCUCACAAAGGCUUCUGGUGUCAGCUACUGGAAGAAGGUAAAACGAAAUGCCUUGGGAAGAGUAAAGGGAGAAGAUAUCCUCCAAUGGAUUCUGAUAGCAGAGCAUUUCUGUCCAGCUACUAUCGCGACCACAAUGUGGAGCUCUCAAAGCUGCUGCACAAACUGGGGCAGCCUCUACCCUCCUGGCUGAGACAGGAGCUGCAGAAAGUGAGAUAGCACUGAACAAAAGAAAAAAACUUCUGAAGAAACCACCCUCCAUGAGAUAACACAUACCUUUCCCAAAGCUUCCAGAAGCUACCAAAAGGCUGUCAAAAUAUAAUAUAUACCUCUUCACAAAAGAAAAAAACAGUUCCUUCCAUGUGCUGGCAUGUGGAUGAUGAGAAAUAAAAGGGAGGAAAAAAGGAGACAAAAUUUUAUUACAAGCCUUGAAGCCUAUGGCCUUCCUCUUAACCCAUAUCUGAGCCUGUGGGAUUAUCCUAGACUACUGUGCACUCUUGUGGAAGUCAAUAGCAACCAACAUAAAUAACAACCACAAAUGCAGGACUGCUGCAUUUCACAGUACUAGAUACACUUUUGUAUAGCAACGAAGAUUGUGUCUCUGUAGAUUUUUAGAUCACUGUUUUCCUGUACAAUGUUUUCUUAUUUGUGGAUUCUAUAAAGUAUCCUACAAAAUGAGAAUCAAAUAAGUAAAUAAAUAAAUCACAGUGUAAAAUAAAAUUCCAAAAGCAACACUUGUGAAAAAUGCCUGCCAAAAUUCAAAUCCACCCCAGUAUUUAAAAGAAUUACAUAUCAUAAUUUGUGCUACAUUAGAGGGUGGAAGAGUUAUCUAUGGACUUUAUUUGCAUCAAAAAUCAAAGGGAGAGAUGUGCUAUUGCAAAGAAGAAGUCAUGGUUUACAUAUAUAAUCUAGGGCAUUUGUAUAAAAAUUACUUAUUCUUCCAUCAUAAUAAAACAUAUAGUAUUGCAAACCUGUAGAUGGUGAAUAGAAACAGAGUAAAUGACAUCAACAAGCAAUAAUGUAUUUUUUUCUCCCUCUAAGAGGGAGAUAUGGUUGAGAACUCUAUGCCUAUAAGCUGAAAAUCUAUUCCAGUCCUCUAGUUCUGUAGAAAUGCAUGCAUACAGUCUGAGGUAUGUGUCAUCUCCAGAAGCAAGCUGACUUUAAAAUGUGAAUAGCUUACUUUUGCUGUUUCCCAAAACACAACCCACUCAGUGUAAACCAAGGAAUUUCCCUAGAUACUAUGUUUAGGGUAUUUACAUUUAAAUUUUUGAUAAAAUGACAUUU